GUUCUCUCAAGAUUAGCCGUCUGUAUGAUCAUCAACCAUGCAACGUCUUCGAAUUAUAAAGAAUUUUGUCUCGUCAUUUGGCGAAAUAUUUUAAUUAAUUAAGACAACUUGGAAGAAACCGGUAUGGUGAAAGUCCAAUAAACUUUGCUUUCGGAGGGUUCUUAUGUAAAAUUCUUUUUUCGAUUGCGACCAGUUUGUGUUAAGAAUCAGACGAAGACUGUACCCAAUGUGGAGAGACAUGCCUCUUUUGCUGAUUCUCAUAUGUGGACAGUUUGUCUUAUUCGUGAAUAUGCAAAAUAUUUCCGUUAACGGUGAAGAAUUUCAUUCAAAAUCUUACGUGGCCCCAGAACCGAUAGUUUGUGUCGAUGCUGGAUGUGUUCGUGGAAGAGUUGUGAAUGGUGUGAGGAAUACCUAUGAAGCUUUCUAUGGGAUCCCCUAUGCAGAGCCACCCGUUGGAAAGUUGAGAUUUAAAAAUCCAAUUCCUCGUGGAGCAUGGACAAAAUCCUGGGAUGCAACAUACCCAAGAAGUGCGUGCCUUCAGAAGAACUAUUUCAACUACAGACAACCCAUUGUGGGAUCGGAAGAUUGCCUCUAUCUCAAUGUUUACCGACCAUCUGGGAAGUAUUUAAAGAAGAAUCUACCUGUUCUUAUCUUCAUCCAUGGCGGUGGUUUUCUAUCAUUCUCAUCAUCACCCAGUGAACUUGGCCCAGAUUAUUUUAUGGCCACUAAUGCUGUGAUCGUGGUAACAUUUAACUACCGUCUCGGUGUGUUUGGUUUCCUCUGUUCGGGCGAUGAGGCUAUUCAGGGGAAUUUUGGUCUAAAAGAUCAACAACUUGCCCUAGAGUGGGUGGCAGGGAAUAUUGGAUUUUUCGGCGGUGAUGAAAAUUCCAUUACCUUGGCUGGUCAGAAUGCUGGUGCAGCUUCGGUUAAUUUGCAUAUGUUGAAUCGAAAAUCACAGUCUCUCUUUCAUCGUGCCAUUCUUAUGAGUGGAUCAGCUCUUGCUUCGCCUCUCUUCCCAAUUGAUUCUCCCCAUCAAUUUCGUAUGGAAGCAAUGGCAAGCGGAAUCACGGACUGGGACACAGCCCCGAUAUACAAAUUAGCGGAGAAGGUGAAGCAACUCGAUGGACUUAAGCUUCUUCAUGCUGUUGAUCAAUUGUUUACCUUUCCGGGCAUUCCCCCUGUUCCUCUACGUCCGUGCAUUGAAGGUGACUGGAAGGGAGCCUUCCUAACUGAGGAUCCUAAGAAAAUUUGGGCUGAAGGGGCAUUUGAGCAGAAACCAAUGCUAUUGAGCUUAACACGAAAUGAAGGAAUCGUUGAAGCUAUCUUGACUACCAAUAAAACCCGCCUGGAGGAAUACAAUAGGAACAUUUACAAACUCCUUCCAAUUCAAAUGGGCUUCAAUCCUCUGUACACAGAUGAUGUCCUCCAAUUUUACUUUGGCAAUAAAAAAUACAUAGACCACAACAAUGUUGACCGAUACUAUCAGAUGGUUUCAGAUAGAUUCUUCCGCUAUCAAUUCUUCGUCCUUAUUAGUCAAUACCUAAAAUAUGCAGACGUGCAGAAGAAUCCAAUUUACUUCUAUGAAUUUGCAUUUGAGAGUUCCUACACCUUUCUCAAAUACAUCACGGGGAAGGAUAUAAAUCUAGGAGUGGGUCAUUUUGAUGAUCUAAUUUAUCUUUUCACCAUGCCAGGAUUUUUCCCACCAUUUGAAAUCAAUACGCCCGAAAGUCGAAUGAGCGGUAUCCUUGUAAGGACUAUUGUGAAUUUCGUGGCAGCGGGGGAGAUUAAAAAGUGGCGCACAAUUAAACCAUGUACAGCAAUUACCACCGAAUUAGGAUGUGAUCGUCAAGUGUUCAAGAGAUACAGAGAACUGAGUCCACACCAAGUGGUUGUUUCCGUAACAAAUCGAAUUAAUGGAGAUAUGCUAAAGUUUUGGGAAGGUAUUGAUAGUAGUGGGACUAGAUAGUGUUUUCCGUAAAAUUUUCACACAAAGAUUCAUUUAAAAAGUUAAAAUAACACGUACCGUCAAUUGGGGUAACUAUAUGGAAAGUGGGGUGAAUAGGAACUUCAAUCAUUUGAAAUAGUUUUGGUUUUUGUUUGUAUUAUUUAUUGUUUUACAUUUCUUUUUUUUAAUGUUUAACGUUUUUUUUUACUAGCAUUUGAUACUUCUUUUCACGUUUGACGUCUCUUAUCCAAUAUUUGAAAUUUCUUUUCUUACUAAUGACGUAUCUUUUCACAUUUGACGUUUGUUUUCGAACGUAUGAAUUCCCUCGACUACUCUCCCUGACUACGCUACAUCGACUUAAAUUUUUUUGUAGCUUUUUUUUAAACAAUUAUUAGGGACCUGUUGAAUUUUUCUUUACCUAUUUACCCUAUUUUACGGUACGUAAACAAUUAAAUCAAUUUUUGCCAAUAACAAAUAAAUACAUAAAAAUGUAAGAAUAAAGCUUUUUUGUAAAAUUUUUAAAAUGAAGUUUCUUU